AUUUCUCAAAUUUGUAAACAUUUUCUUCCCAUAUUAUGGAAUUUGUCACGGAUGAUUCGAGUGGUCUUACGAGUAUUUGAGCCAACUCGCUAAGCCGUUUCUGUGUUUUGGUGUUAUAUUGCAAGCGGAUGAAUGCCAGUGUCUCUCACUAUCUACACCAACUAAAGCUCUGCGCAGGAAGCCAGACAUCUUCCACAGCCAAAAAACUCCACGCUCAAAUCAUCAAAGCAGCUCUACAUCUCUGUCCGCCCUUACCCAACACCCUCUUAGGCGUCUACGGCAAAUGCGGUCUCGUCGGAGACGCACUCCACCUGUUCGACGAAAUGCCUCACAGAGACCACGUCUCAUGGGCUUCACUUCUCACCGCACACAACCAAGCCAGCCUCCCCCACCGGACUCUCUCCAUGUUCCGCUUUAUGUAUGAGUCGGACUCUUUGCUGCCGGACCAUUUUGUGUUUGCUAGUGUUGUCAAGGCUUGCUCUAGCUUGGGAGCUAUUAGGCAAGGCAAGCAAGUUCAUGCACGCUUUAUGUUAUCGCAGUUUUGUGAGGAUGAUGUUGUUAAGUCUUCUCUGGUUGAUAUGUAUGCGAAAUGUGGAUUGCCUGAUAAUGCUCGUGCGGUUUUUGAUUCGAUUUCGAAGAGGAGUGUGGUUUCUUGGACUGCUUUGAUUUCUGGGUAUGCUAGGAGUGGAAGGAAAUUGGAUGCUUUGGAAAUGUUUGAGAAGCUACCGGUUAAGAGUUUGUUUUCGUGGACUGCUUUGAUAUCUGGAUUGGUGCAAAGUGGAAAUGGUGUUGAUGCACUGUACUUGUUUAUUGAAAUGAGAAGAGAAGGGGUUGAUAUAGUGGAUCCAUUGGUUCUUUCGAGCACUGUUGGAGCUUGUGCUAAUUUAGCAGUCUUGGAGCUUGGAAAGCAGGUUCAUGGCCUGGUUAUUGGUCUUGGGUAUGGGUCGUGCUUGUUUAUUAGUAAUACACUGGUGGAUAUGUAUGCAAAAUGUAGUGACAUUUUAGCUGCGAAAUAUAUUUUCGGUGGAAUGCAGCAAAAAGAUGUAGUUUCUUGGACUUCCAUAAUUGUUGGGGUGGCUCAGCAUGGGCGAGCUGAGGAAGCAUUGACUUUAUAUGAUGGCAUGGUUGGAGCUGGAAUUAAGCCUAAUGAAGUUACAUUUGUUGGACUGAUUUAUGCUUGUAGUCAUGUUGGUUUCGUUAGCAAAGGACGUGCCAUUUUCAGAUCUAUGAUUGAAGAUUAUGGAAUUCGUCCCUGUCUGCAGCACUAUACAUGUUUCUUGGAUCUUCUUAGUCGCUCUGGGCAUCUUAGUGAAGCUUGGAAUGUUAUUAAUUCAAUGCCGUUUGAGCCUGAUGAACCCACUUGGGCAGCUUUACUAAGUGCUUGCAAGCAGCAUGGAGAUACCCAAAUGGGUAUCAGGGUUGCUGAUCAUCUUUUAAGCUUAAACCCAGAAGAUCCUUCAAGUUAUAUACUGUUAUCUAAUGUCUACGCUGGUGCUGGUAUGUGGGAAAAUGUAGCAAAAGUGAGAAAGUUGAUGACAGCGAGAGAAGUUAAGAAGAAUCCAGGUUACAGUUCCAUCGACAUUGGAAAGGAAAGCCAAGUGUUUUAUGCUGGAGAGACAUCUCAUCCUUUGAAGGAUGAGAUAUUCGAUUUGCUUAAAGAGUUGGAUGCAGAGAUGAGGAAAAGAGGCUAUGUUCCCGACAGUAGCUUUGUUUUACAUGACAUGGAGCAGCAAGAGAAAGAAAAGCUGCUGUUUUGGCAUAGUGAAAGGCUGGCAUUGGCUUAUGGGCUUCUGAAGGCUGUUCCAGGGACACCUAUCCGGAUAGUGAAAAAUCUUCGUGUUUGCGGAGAUUGUCACACGGUAUUGAAAUUCAUAAGCAGUAUUGUGAAGAGGGACAUCAUUGUUAGAGAUGCCACUAGAUACCACCAUUUUAGUAAGGGAGAAUGUUCAUGCAAUGACUUUUGGUAACACAAUAUCUGUGGAUUGGAACUCUUUUGAAGCUCCCUACUCCAGACAUUGGAUCUGCUUUUGGGUUUUGCUCAGGUUCUUUAUAGACUUUGAGUUAGGUUUCUGUUCAUUUGAGUUUUAUCUCUAAUUUUGUCUGACAUUGCUUUUAGGCUUGCUAAUUUUGUGUUCUAUCUACUUUCUUUAGGUUCAUAUAACUAACAGAUUUGAACACUAGUUCCUAUUGAUUAUGGCCAUUAAGCCCAGCUAAUACUCUUUUGCUUGACCAAUUGUGUCGUCUCUUUCAAUGCUAUGGUGUGCACAAGAGUUCUUCCAAUAUGAGAGGAAUAUAAUGUCUCUCAUGGCGCAAUUUCCCCAUCCAAAUUCAAGGUCAAUUUCCCACCUUACUUGCAGUACCACCUUGUGACCAAAUUCAAUUUGUGUUUUUAAACACCGAGUAAAGUUGCCCCUUGUUCACUUGUUGUUGCUGACCAUAUAGCACAUUGAUUCCUAUUUGCAUUAUUGCAUCAAUGAAUAUAGCUUCUCAUUGAUUAUAGCUGUAGUUAUUGUUAUUCUGGACUUCUAGUUUGAAAAACAAGAAAGUUUGAAAAUGGUACUAAUUCUAUCUAAGAAGCACUAGUGGAAAUGCAUCUUUAUCCUAAUUUGGUAUAUCCCAUUAAAGAAGAGAACUUUAGCAAUUUCAACUAUCCGCAACUGAAGAUCCCCAAAAUCAUGGGAGGUUAUUCAGGAUUGGAUUCUCUUGAUCUUCCUUCUGAAUUCAUUGUAUCUUCGUCUAAGGACCUUAUGUUUUGGUACAUUGUCUAUCCUUAUCAUAUACUUUCGUCUUUCGUCCUGCAUUUGCUUGAAAGCAAAAACUGAUGAUUUAUAACCAGAUUUUGGAAUGUUGUUUAGUCUACCUAGUCCCUGUAACAGAAGCUGGUAAUGAAUAAAAUGGUUUAUGCGUUUAGCUACGUUGAUUUCCAACUGUAUGUCAUUAGAAGCUGAAGGCAGAAGCUGGUGCUACUGUAUGAGGGGAAAAGUUUACUGGUCAUCUAGACCUGGCGUUGCAAGACGGACACAGCUGGAAGACAAUAUGAAGGCCCAGACUGUGAUACCCAUCUAUCUGCAGUAACUGUGAGACUGAAUCUGGUGAUAGCAGCAGAUCAUGACAGUCGUGCCCAAACUAAUGCAUCUUUAUGGACAAGGCAAGAAACUGAAGAGCAUACCUCACCGGUCACCAGUUUCAUGUGUAAGCUGAAUAGAUACAUUGCUCUCUCCCGUAUGCUUGUGUCUGAGGCUUAACUAGUCAAUGCAACCGUUAUUUACUUUCACUAUAUAGUUAACUAUUAAUGUCAAUAUGAUUUUUCACUUCA